AUGGGAACAAGGGUGGGUGGAAAGUACAAAGUUACGAAGAAGCUCGGCUCGGGGUCCUUCGGCGAGAUUUACUUGGGGCUGCAUGUUACAACCGCGGAGGAGGCAGCGAUCAAAUUGGAAGGAAUUCGAACAGAGCAUCAGCAGCUCUUGUAUGAGGCGAAGGUGAUAAGAUACCUUCGAGGUGGGGUGGGGAUUCCGGAGCUGCUGUGGUGCGGGACAGAAGCAGAUUUUAACGUGAUGAUCAUCGAGCUGCUGGGGCCAUCACUGGAGGAUCUUUUCAACUACUGUCACAGGAAGUUCUCUUUGAAGACCGUCUUGAUGAUUGGCGAGCAAAUGCUAUCGAGAUUGGAGUACAUUCAUAGCAAAGGCUUCAUUCACAGAGAUGUGAAGCCGGACAAUUUUCUAAUGGGGGCAAACCAGAAAUCUCACCAGGUUUACAUCAUCGACUUUGGGCUCAGCAAGCGAUUCAUAGAUCCCCGAACCAGCAUGCAUAUACCCUACAGAAACGGGAAAAGCCUGACGGGGACUGCAAGAUACGCAAGCAUUAAUACGCAUCUAGGAAUCGAGCAGGGAAGGAGGGACGACUUGGAGGGCCUUGCAUACGUUCUUCUUUACUUCCUGAGAGGCCAGUUGCCAUGGCAAGGGAUGCAGGCAUUCAAUCAAAAAGACAAGUAUCACAAGAUCUGUGUAAAGAAGCAGAACAUCUCUGUGCGGGAGCUUUGCAAAGGAGUGCCGGAGGAGAUUGGAACCUUCCUGUGUUACUGCAGAAACCUCAAGUUCGACGAGUCGCCCAACUAUAGCUACUGCAGAAAGUUACUGCGAGCUGUGUUCGAGAAGAACGAGUUCACUCUGGAUUACAUCUAUGAUUGGACUAAGAAGCAGUCAGGAUCCACAAAUCCACUUCCUAAGAAUCAAGAAGCCCUCCCGGAGGAUAGUUCGCGUCAACCACAGCCAUCGGGUGGAGACAAGACAGAGGGGGAGAAGCGCGAGAAGCUGGAGAAAGACGUCAAAGAGCCCCCUCGUGCUCCUCGACAAGACGUGGAGCCCCCUCUAGUGAAGGACAUGAAGGACGUCAAAGUCAUGAGCAAGAAGCUGCCUACCACUCCACUGCCCUCUCAGCUAUCCUCUAAGGUGGACAAGGAUGGGCAAUGUCAGCAACAAUAGGGGGUAGGCAAGGCAGCAUCGCAGCUUGAGUCACUGUGCCAGUUUCUGGGUCAGGUCGGAUAUUGACAGAUAGAUUGGUCCGGAUGUAAGGAUAGAAGAGAAAGCAGGAGGAAGAGAGGGAGAGGGAAAGGAGAUUCUAGGCUGGUCAAGGAGGGAGACACAUGAGGGUUUGCCCUCUUGUCUGUAGAAUUUCCAGAUGUUGUAUGAUGAACGAGAUACUUUG